CGACUUAGCCAAUCGACUCAAACUUCUUUCCACGUUCACGAAUCGAUCUUGUCCUUUCAGUACGUCCUACUGAUGUCAGAGGCCAUUGUCGUCCUGGCGAGUGACAACGUGCUGACCGCUUCUUUGUCGCGUCGUGCCAGCAAACACCUUCACUGGGUUCUACAAGCCCUUGGGUUGAUCCUGAAUCUGGUUGGCGUGGGCGUGAUGUACAACGCCAAAUCAGUGCACUUUCUCUCGAUCCACGGUAUCACAGGAAUCACCUCACUGGUGAUCGUCUGCACGGUGACUAUCUUCGGAUAUCCAGUAUGGAUCGCAUGGAAACUUCGCAAGUUCGUGCGACCGGUAAACGUCAAGUUCCUUCACAAUUUUCUGGGUACCGCCGGCUUUGUCAUCGGUAUGGUCUCGCAAUGUUACGGUUACGAAAAGACCUGGGUAUAUUACGUAACAAAAAUGAAGCACGCCGAUGAUACUCUACUUGUUCUCACGAUACUAAUCACAAUAUUAUCUUUAAGGGGCGCGCUCAGCUCUCUUUGUAGACAAGCCGUAGAUUGUUUGAAAUUGAAUUAAUUAUUCUUCCACCUAAUAUAUGCAGAGAAUGUUGACGGGACAAAAUCUUUGUCUAAAAUUAUCACGUAUUAUUUAUUAUUUUGUUAUUUAUUUCUAGUUAAAAUUAUACAAAUAAUUACUAAUAGCUUUUAUCAUAGAUUUGAAAAAAGCAUUUUUUUGUGCAAUUUUUUGCAAAAUAUGUAUAUAAUCUGAAUGUAUUAAUAUAAGAAUGUUAGUUAA